AGGUGGCAGAGCUCGUCACUUCAUGUUUGUCUCCGUUUGGUCACAGGACCAACAAGAAGAAGCUCGUCACUGCGGACGACAUGGAGCACACAUGGAGGGAUUAACAUCCGGUGACCUGCCGAAACAAAACGGAGACAGCUGCAUAUGAUCUGAUCAGUUGGCUGUUGGCCGACCUGCAUAUUACAAGAUGGACGACUCGGACAUUGAUGACAUACCCUCGCCACCGGGCAGCAUUCCCUUAGGGGAAGGGGCAUCUGCUGGAGCAGAGAGUAUGAUAGAUGAGGAGGACAUGCUCUACUAUGUGCCAGAGAGACGACCCUCUCUGGACCUGGGGGAUGUCGAGACCCCCAUGGAUACAAACUACUGGGGAAUGGAUAAAGUCUCAUCUCCAGUUGAGAGCUACUCUUCAAUGAUUAGCGAGGAUUUCCAUCAGUCUGAUGAAAUGGAUGACCAAGACAAAUCCUCUACAAGAAUCCACCUGGAGAGAACUGACUCAUACUCCAGCUGCUAUUCCCUGGACAGCAAUGACUGUGAAAUAAGAACACGCAAGGUUCGGAGCAAAGAGGAUGAUAUCUCAGAGCCUCCUGAAAGACCUGAAUUAAUCCGAAACCCAAAUGAGACCAGCCACCCUAGUCUGACGGUGGGAUUCACUUUCAAGGCUAUCAGCAAAACCUUGGAGAAGUUGUCAAUGGGAGAACUGAAGAUAUUCAAAAUGAGUCUGUGGAAGCGUUACCCGGAGUCGUUCAACACUCCCCCCCAAGGGAUGGACAUGGUGGAUCUGGUGGACAGGCUGCUGGAGUGUUACGACCGAGAAGUGUCACUACAGGUCACCAAGGCCCUUCUUGAGGAAAUGGACAAGCACCGGCUUGUUGAAUAUCUGCAGGACCUGCGUGCGAGAAAUGAAGUACGUUUUGAACUAAGUAUGACUCUGAAGAAGAAGUAUGGUGAACUCUGCGAGGAUUUGGGUGCACAGGGAGAGAAGGUGGCCAUUGACAGUGUCUUCUCUAAUCCCUACAUUACAACCCCAUGGGAUAAUGGCCCAAAUUAUGAACAUGAAAUCAGGAAAAUACAAAGUCUGAAUAAAAGCCGGAAAACUGAGAAACAGCGCUCAUUGAAGGACAUCUUCAGUGUCAAGAUGUUGAAGGACGACCAUGUGAGGUGUCUUCUGACUCCUGGGAUGGCAGGGACAGGGAAGUCUACAGUAGUACAGAAGUUUAUCCUGGAUUGGGCUGAAGAGCGGUCCCACACGCAUAUCUCUUUAGUGAUUCCACUGCCAUUCAGGGAACUCAAUACGUUCCGGGACUCGCCAGUCAGCUUGCACGGUAUAAUAAACACGCUUUACCCAGAAACCACGAAGCUGAAGAACCUGACCAAUGAGGAGAACGCGGUCUUGAUCAUUUGUGAUGGUUUAGAUGAAUUCUACCAGGAGCCUAACUUCAUCCACACUGAGUAUCACUGUGACUCCAAAGAGCCUGUUUCCCUGGAUGUGCUAAUAGUUAACCUCAUCAGGGGGAAGCUGUUCUUUGAUGGUGUCAUCUGGAUCACUUCUCGCCCUCUAAGAUCGCACGUAUUUCCCGGGGACAUUCGGCGUAAAGUGUUGGAGAUCCGUGGUUUCAAUGACACUCAAAAGGAGGAGUUCUUCAAGAGGAGGUUUGAAGACCCAGUGCAAGCAGCUCAAGUCAUUAGUCACCUUGAAUCAUGCAAGACCCUCCACAUUAUGUGUCAUCUGCCCUUGUUUUGCUCAGUGUUGAAUGGCAUAUUCCAGCAUGCGUUUAGAGAACAAGGGCCACAGGCACAGCUACCCAGUAACCUCACCUAUAUGUACACAAAGCUGCUGCUGGCGCUUCUACAUAGACGCAGCCUCAGAGCUCCAGCCUGUAGUGUGGAGGAACAGAGAAACUUCCUCAUGAAGCUUGGAAAGAUGGCCCUCAUCAUGCUGGAAAAAAAUGAGAUCAGGGUUCCUAAGUCUUACUGGAAAGACAAUGGGGUAGAUAAGGUGGAGGCAGUGGUCAACAGUGCCAUUUGCACACAGUUCAUUAUGGAGGAAUUCAUCCUGAUGCCGGAAAAGGUCCAGAGCUUUAUCCACAGCACCAUGCAGGAGUACAUGGCUGCUCUGUAUGUAUUUCUGUCCUUUAGAAACCAAGGGAAGAAUGUCUUGGAGCACACAAAGAUGUUCUCACGAGUGUUCAAGGCUCAAAAUGUGUUUGAACUGUACAAGUGUGCUGUGGAGAAAAGCCUUCUCUGUGAGGACGGAAGGCUGGACAUUUUCCUGCGAUUCCUGUUGGGAAUGGCACCACAGACCAACCAAGAGCUACUCCAGCCUUUUUUCACCUCUUCAGUGAAGUGGCCAUCUGUCAUCGAAGAUGCUGCCACCCUCAUCAGGAAGAAGAUCAGAGAAAAUCAGUAUCCUAACAGGAAUGCCAACUUGCAGCAGUGCUUGAGGGAGCUGGGAGUUUCAGAGGCCGCAUCCAGGUGAUCUUGAAGAACACUGGAUAGUAUGUCACAGCAUAAAUUUCUAUAACUUCAUGAUGGGCACCAUGGCUCCCAUUAAACUCCAUGGAAACUAGUGUGAAGAAAAAAAUCUUAGAGCCCAAAUGGUGAUUUAAAACAGGGCAGAUAACUCCAUCUUUAGUUAAAACUUUUUUUCACAUUCAUCUAACAAUCUUCUCCUUGAUGCCAGAGAGUAAUUAAGAGUCAAACAGUGAGUGGAACUCCAGAAAUGCACUGAAAUGCAAAAAGAGGUUAAAGAGUUUCUGUUAAGUGCACACGUUUAUGUUUUAUGUUUGUGGACUUAAAUGUCAUUGCUUAAAAGGAACACUAUUGCAGGGAGUCAGAUUUCCCUCAAGUCAUAUACAAUAAAUUUUUUUUAAUGUGGGCAUUGUCAGCCGCUAAUAUUUAGAGGCCCAUUUUUGCAUUUUACAAAUAAAUAAAUUAAAAGUUCCAACAGUUUUGGAUUAAUUUCAGUCAGUGCAUCCUGACUGGAGCUUGAUUGCUUCAUUAAAUAAUAAAUCCUUGCAGUGAGGGCAGUGUGCAGCACUUGAACUGGGAAGUCUUCACUCAGCAGGUGAUUGGUGGUGUAUGUUGAAUGUUGCACUUUGUAUCUAUUUCAUUUAGGGUUUACAGUGCCUUAUUAGUUAAGAAAUGAAACCAGAGUUAUUACCAGAGGCCAUAUGGACUGACAGGUAGCUCAAUCCUGUUUACAGAUUUUUGUCAUCCUGUUGACAUUGUACAUGUGAUGUGGAGGAAAUUCUGGAUUUUUUUCCCCCCGGUGACUGACAUUUGCAAUUUCUGCUCCAUGUAACUGUGCUUGUAGGCUUUAUCAUCUCUGGUGGUCCUAUUAGCUAAGAGCUCAUGAAAAUUGCAUUGUUGUCAAACCUAACAGGCUAAUGAAUGUUUGGGAAUUUGAGGGUUUGUUAGCUACAAAAAAGCUGCUUUUUUAAUCUUUCAACAGGAGGGAGGUCCUGUAGUUGGACUCCUCUAAGGUUUUGGCCCUGUAUCAAGUGUGAGGCUAUCUUUAGAAGGGGUAUGUCUGCUAUAUGAGUUGAAAUGCCACACAGAAAUGAGAGCCUUUGCUUAAACCACAGUUAUUGUGUGCAUCUCUUUCAAAUUAUGUCACUUAGUGCCUGUUUUUAUUAUAAACCAAAAAGUACAUGAAUAAAAUAUGGUUGGAAUCAGAGUGAA